GCCGCACGCACGACCUUCCACUUAGGCCGGCGUCUGCUUUGUCCGAGUUGUUCCAUGGGCCUGAACCCCAAAGAUUACAUCUUCAGCCUGCUUGGCCUUCUUCAAAAGCAGAGGCUGAGAAACUCCCAGAAUCCCUUGUGACGGCUCGAGUGGCCAUGUCAUUCAGCGCCACCAUUUUGUUCUCCCCUCCGAAUGCCAAAGAAGCCAAAUGCUGUUGCUGCACCUGCAAGCAGGAGCCCGGUGCCCCGCCAGCCACCCCGGCGCCGCCUCCAUCCCCACCCUGCACUCCCAUCACCGUCACGGGGACGGGGCUGGCUGUCCAGUCUUCGGAGCAGCUCCUCCAUGUCAUCUACCAGCGAGUCGAAAAGGCCGUGGGCCUCGCCGAGAUGUCUCUGAGCUUGGCCAAAGCCAACAACGAGGCUCUGCGGCGCCUAGAAGAGGAAAUGGGGGUGCUGCGCCAGGCAGCAGCCCCUCCUGUCAAAGCUAGCCCCCUGUGUGUUCCAGUGGAGCAGCGAGAAGACGACGAGGAGGAGGAGGAAGAGGAAAGAGAGGCUGAAGGCUUCCAAAAUGGCGUCCAGGUGGUCAUAGAAGAGCUGAGGCAGCUGGGAGCAGCCGCGGGGCCACCUGGACGCUUGGGUUUCUCUCCCGUGCAGCUGGGAGCUGGGGGGCUUGGCGGGGUAACGGAAGAAUCUCCCACAGUAGAUCCCUCCAUGCAGCGGGUCUAUGCUACACCCUCUUCUCCUGUCCCUCAGACAACUCUACCGCCCCUGGAUGAUCCUUCUCUCUCUUGCCCUGAAGUGUCUCCCAGCAGCAGCACCCUGGAGGAUGCGAUGCACGGGGAGCCACGUUUUUCUCUGGGCUUUGCGAGUCUCCCUUGCAGAAGCCGAAACAUUGGACAGAAGAAUGCGAGGCGCAAGAGGGACUUGGUCCUAUCAAAACUGGUUCAUAAUGUCCACAAUCACAUUGCCAAUGACAAGAGGUUUGACGGCUCUGAGAGCAUUAAAUCUUCAUGGAAUAUCUCUGUGGUGAAAUUCUUGCUGGAGAAACUGAAGCAUGAAUUGGUAUCAAAUCACCACAAUUAUACAGACAAAGAGCUAAAAGGAGCCUGCGUGGCCUACUUUCUGACGAAGCGGCGCGAAUACCGUAACUCACUCAACCCCUUCAAAGGUCUCAAAGAGAAGGAGGAGAAGAAACUGCGCAGCAGACGCUAUCGGCUUUUCGCAAACCGCUCGGGGGUGGCGCGUCUCCUGGGGCCGGAGGAGCAGCGCUUGUGGCAGGGUGUCACCGAAGAGCUCAUGUCGGACGAGGAGGACAGCCUGAGCGAGCCGGGGGUGUGGGUGGCACGCCCCCCGCGGUUCCGUGCCACUCCGCUCACCCAGCUCUGCUACCGGCUCGACGCCAACUCGAAGCACGGCACCAAAGCCAACCGGGUCUACGGGCCGCCCUCGGAUCGCUUGCCCUCCGCCGAAGUCCAGCUCCUGCCCCUCCACCUUUACAACGCCCAUUUUCAAGAGGAAGAAUCCGGGGCUUGCCACAAAGGCUUCUGCCCCGACCUCAGCUCCUUUGUGGAGAUCAAGGUGGAAAAGGAUGAGUGA